AUGGCAGCCCUUGAUUUUGUUGCCCUAAAGGACUUGCACAAUUCAGCAAAUAGCCUUCUUCAUUCUCCAUUGGUUCGAGAAGCUUUUGUGCAUGAAAGAGAAGAAAAAUGGGUCGAUGAUGUGUCAGAGUCAUCACUGAGGAUGUUGGAGGUGUGUGGCAUCUCAAAAGAUCUUCUCUUGCUAGUGAAGGAACACCUCCAAGAACUUCAGUUCACCCUGCGCAGAGCAAGCAUUGGUGGUGAAGGAAUUGAGGAAAAAAUCUCAGCAUGCAACAGGUACAGGAAGAAGGUGAAGAAGGAAACGUUGAAGUGUUUGAAGUGGUUGAAGAAGGGCAUGAAGAGUGAGAGAGAAGUGAGUCCAAUGAAUGAACAAAAACUGGUGUUGGUGGUUGAUGUGCUGAGAGAAGUAAGGGUGACAAGCAUUUCCAUUGUUGAAUCACUCUUGUCCCUUGUUUCUUCACCCUGGUUGAAUUCAAAGUCAGGGAAAAGGUCCUUCACAUCAAGGUUUGUGCGUGUGGAUGUUCAUUGUUCAGAUGAUGAGAUGAGCUAUGAUGCCAUGGUGAUUCAAAGUGCAAACAAAAGAUUAGCAGGUGUUAGGAUGGCCAUAGAAGAUCUUGAGGUGGAGCUGGAGUGCAUGUUCAGACGUUUGAUCCACACAAGGGUCUUGCUGCUUAACAUUCUUACCAAAUAG